UUUUCGAUAAUUCUCCAUUUCCUUUUUAGAUCUCGACUUUCUUCUCUUCCUCAUCUUCCAUUUUCCCUCACUUCAUCAUAACUUCACUCUCCACUUUUUCUUUUUUCAAUUAAUAAUUAAAUAUUCUAAUCUCAAUUAAUUAAUUAAUUAAUUAAUUAAUUAAUUACUCUAAAGCACAGCAGCAACCAUCGUGGAUCAGAUUAGGUUUUUGGUUUUUCAAUUAUCGCUUUGAUCUCGAUGGCUGCUCCACCUGCUAGAGCUCGAUCCGAUUACGAUUAUCUAAUAAAGCUUCUCCUCAUCGGUGAUAGCGGUGUGGGUAAAAGUUGUCUUCUAUUGCGUUUUUCAGAUGGUUCAUUCACAACUAGUUUUAUCACUACCAUCGGCAUUGAUUUCAAAAUAAGGACCAUAGAGCUUGAUGGUAAGCGAAUCAAAUUGCAAAUAUGGGACACAGCUGGUCAAGAGAGGUUUCGAACCAUUACAACUGCUUAUUACCGUGGAGCAAUGGGUAUUUUGCUAGUGUAUGAUGUCACUGAUGAGUCAUCUUUUAACAACAUCAAGAAUUGGAUUCGCAACAUUGAGCAGCAUGCUUCUGACAACGUCAACAAGAUAUUAGUGGGGAACAAGGCUGACAUGGAUGAAAGCAAAAGGGCUGUUCCAACUUCAAAAGGUCAAGCUCUGGCAGAUGAAUACGGUAUCAAGUUUUUCGAAACUAGUGCAAAAACGAACAUGAAUGUGGAUGAGGUUUUCUUUUCAAUAGCCCGGGACAUCAAACAAAGACUUGCAGAAACCGACUCAAAAGCUGAGCCCCAGACACUCAAGAUUAACCAACCAGACCAGGGAGCUGGGUCUGCUCAAGCCACACAGAGACCGGCUUGCUGUGGUUCUUAGAAGAAACUCUAGCAACUCCAAAUUAACUGCAGAACUUAAUUUGGUCAACGACUUUCAUCAAUCUUGUAUUGAUCUUUUGUUAUUUCACAGUUGCUACUUAUUGGGUGUGAAUGGUAGAUCCUUCUUAUGUUGGGAAAUUAAUCAUAUAUCUAUUUAUUGCUGUAUCUGUUUUUUUUUUUCCUUUAUUUUUUCAGGAGCCUUGACUAUGCGCAAUCUUUGCUAAAAUGACCUACUUGGUGCUCCAAUAUAUUGCUAUUUGCUACAAUUAAUAUUUCAGAAUCUUAAUGGUACUAUGAUUCAAAGUUCAAACUUGAUACA